CUUUGUUCAUUUAUAUUUUACUAAAUUUAAAAGAACUAGUGAAACCAACGUUUUGUUAAAAUAACGCACUGUUGCACAAUGGCGACUAAACUCUCAAACGUCAACAUCAUGGGGUCUUCUGUAACAUCAAACUAUAGAAAAUAGAGGAUAUAAUUUACGCUGGGUGAAUUUCCCCUUUCUCCUAACACAGAAAGUGUGUGCGUGUUGGUACGGCUGGGCGUCUCUAAAACAAUAAAGAAGAGACACAAGACAGCUGAAAGUCUCGUAACAUUAAUUCUCAACUGCUCUGUAAUGCUGGCAAAUAUGGCAAGCAAACGAGCGGAAAAAGAAAAGAAAGUUGAUGGGGGUAAAGACCAUUGAAAAAGGAUAUUUGACUACUGCCAUAUCACAAAGAAGAAGAGAUGGAGAAUGGAAAAUAAAUAGGUUCAGACGCCGAGACGAUGUUCAGUAAAUCAUUUCUACGAGUUUAUUGCCCAUUCGCCAUUUUUUCUGGUUCUUCAAGCUGGAGGCUAACGGAUCAUAAACAUUUUCCUGCCCACCUCUCAAUGACUUUUACGAGAAUCGAGCUGCGUGAACGCCGUACCUGGGUACACCAUUACAGGAGCUAUAAUCUAGAAACUGGGAAAAGCUUUUCCCGAUGCAUUUUGUGCCAACCGUCUUUAGUUCAACGGGGUGAUAGGAGAAAGAAAGCGACUCACAAUGCAGUCCUAUAUAAGCAAGCAAGUCGUAUUGUCUUUCAGUCAAGCUCGUUCAGCCCACAAGACUUGUUCAUUGAAACCUUCUCAUUCUAAACGUUGACAAUGAGUCUUCUUGCCAUGAGGAAGAGCAGAGGUAUCGUCGUUUGGCUAGUUUUGUGUGGAGUGUCUAUCAGCUGUGCUGCUCCUUGGUUUAAUACAAACGUCCAUUUACGAGCAAAGACUUCGACCCCACGAGAGGACGUGGCUGAUUAUGCGGAAACUGAACAACCUUUUUAUAAUUUCAUGAAAAUGGGUCUUGCUGAAACACCAUUGGAAACAGACCACGAAUCGCCUUCGGUUGAGCAAGAACCAAUGGAUUUUUCUCAGCCUUAUCCAGUGGAAGAAGCUCAACAAGGACCUGCUAUAGUUGAAGAUCCCCUGUAUGAUUUUCUGAAGAAUAUUCUGCCCCAAGUUCCGUCAAGAGCUCCAGAUUCGCAGGCGCCAAAUGUUCCAUAUGAUUCUGUGGAUCCAUCGUCUCAUCCAUCUGCUGAUGAGCCAGUUCUUCCCCAAAGAUACACGCCAUCGGAUGAAUCUUUCUUAGACAUCGGGCAUCCACCAAGACCCAGGGCCCUAGGCUUUCCCCAGAUAACCAAUACUCGUGAAAAUGUUGUCCAACAAAAUAAUUGGGCCAUUUUGUAGGUGUGGCAUCGUCAAUCCUUUGCCGGUUCAAUAGGUCCAGCGAAUGUCAACCUCGUUUUCAAUUUUAUUUUACCUUUAUUGUUUGAAAUAUUGUGUUUAAAUUUGCUUAAUAAAAUGUACGCAAGCGCGUGUCCGCUCUGUUGAA